AGUCAGUGCUGCCAUUUAUGGAUUUAACCUAACCUUACCCACCGAGUACGUGCCUAAGCUAACUUUUCGGUAGCAACUUGCAAGGGCCUAGGGGCGCCUUGGCAUAACCCGUAUCACUGGCAAGACUAAUGAUUCGAGAGUUCUGAAAUUAACGAUCAUAAUGCAUGUCAUAUCUCUGGGCAAGGACACUAAAGCCUCUUUAGAGUCCCUGCUCUGGGUUACAUCAAUAUUGAAUCGAAGAUAAGGGCCGGUGAUUCAUUCAUGGAUUGACGGUUGAUCCGCGGCAUAUCGUCGAUCUUAGGAGGCGUACGGGCGUCCGCGUUGAAUGAACACUUACAGUGCUGGGCUCGGUCUGACUGCUCCGAGCUCUCGAUCAGCGUUUGGGUUCAGGAUUCGGAUAUUUCAGCGGCCUACAUAGGGCAUUCACGUCCAUGGAUCAUAUUCGCGCAUUGGUGGCACAAGCCAUUCAAUGCGAUCGACAAGGCCGCGUGGCCAAGGCCAUCGAGCUGUACCUCAAGGCCGCCGAGGCCCUGGAGGAGAAUGGCCGACUUGGGCCCACGAGUGAGGAAAAAAUCCAAUCCUAUCGAGCUCGAGCCCAUAAAUUAUCACUAGGGUUGACCCCCACGCCCGCGGAUCAAGUCCCGCCCACCCUCACUCGAGCCAAGUCCCUUUUAGAACGCGCUCUCAAUGAGGAAGAAAGUGGGAGUGGAGCGGGGUCCUUGCCCUUAUACCUGGAGGCGGCUAGCGUGUGUCUGGCCCUCAAGCGAACCACGACUCAGCCGGAAUUGGCCACUCGAAUCGAGUCCAUGGCCAAGUACGCUUUAGAUCGGGCUGAAGCGCUCCAUCAGGGGCCCCAAACCGCGUCCCAAGUCCAUAUGGAUGAGCUCUUGGACAAAUUACCGGUGGUAGCUGAACCUCUGGGUGCUUUGGAGGCUUCUUCUCUUGUUCUACCUCUGCCCCCAUCGCCUCAGAAGACUCCCAAAUCACCCGUAAAAUCUCCGUCUUCGCCCCUUAGGCCGCCCCUUCCAUCAUCCUCGAUUGAAUCGAGAUACACGGCGGAGGAGAAGGCCGUUCUGGGCAUGACUUCGGUCAUCAAUGGGCGGGAAUACGUGCCUUUUAUGUCAGUGGAUUUGAGCGAAAAGUUUACCUUUCCCAUUCCUUAUACGGACAAGCACGGCAUGCUCGAUCUGGCUCCCAAACAGAAAGCCAAACUGGUGCGUUGGGCUCGGCCCUCCGAGUUCAUGAAGCAGCCCACCAUGAUCCAGGUGGUAGAUUGUUAUAGUGUGAAGCAGACCGUGGUCUCGGAUUGCUCGUUCGUGGCGUCCAUUGCCAUCAGUGCUCAACAUGAGAAACGAUUCGGCAAGAAGCUCAUCACGUGUAUCAUCUAUCCGCAGAAUUCGAAAGGUGAACCCGUGUACAAUCCCAGUGGUAAAUACAUGAUCAAAUUGAGAAUCAACGGCGUGCCCCGAAAAGUGGUUUUAGAUGACUACUUGCCCUUAGGUCAGCAUAACGAACCGCUGUGUUCUUAUAGUAGCAAUCGCAACGAGUUGUGGAUCUCGUUGUUGGAAAAGGCCUAUAUGAAGGUCAUGGGUGGGUAUGACUUUCCCGGAUCUAAUAGCAAUAUUGACCUGUACGUGUUAACUGGAUGGAUCCCUGAGCGAGUGUCCAUUCGAGCAGAGGGCCAAGUGUUCGACCGAGAAGGCACAUUCCAGAAACUUUUUCAAAGAUUCCACCAAGGCGACGUUCUCGUCACUUUAGCUACGGGCGAAAUGUCGCAAAGCGAAGCGGAUCGCGCUGGUUUGGUCCCGACUCACGCCUACGCUCUUCUGGACAUCAGACAGAUUGACGGGCUCCAAUUGUUCCUUCUGAAGAAUCCAUGGUCCCAUCUCCGAUGGAAAGGAAACUACUCCGAGCGAGAUGAGGUCCACUGGACGCCCAAACUAAAGAAGGCCCUGAACUACGACCCACUCAACGCCCAGAACUUUGAUAAUGGUGUGUUUUGGAUUGACUACGACUCUCUUUGUAAGUUUUUUGACGUGAUUUACAUGAAUUGGAAACCAGAGCUCUUUCAGCACACGUUUGUGACCCAUCAAACUUGGCAUUCCGCCCUUGGACCGGCCAAAGAUUUGUAUGACAUUUCAAAUAAUCCUCAGUACUCGCUUGAACUUCAGGGAGAGGAAGGAGCUCUCUGGAUCUUAUUGUCCAGGCAUAUUACAGAUAUUGCCGAUUUCAAGAACAACAAAGAGUAUAUCACAGUGCUUUUGUAUAAGAACCAAGGGAAACGAGUCUACAAUCCCUAUGAUCCACCUCCAUAUAUUGACGGGAUGAGGAUAAACUCACCUCAUUACUUGUGCAAAACUGUCAUCACACCGGAAACGCCCAAAAAGAUGACCCUGAUCGUGUCCCAGUUCAACAAGAGUACGCAUAUUCAUUACACGUUACGGGUCUAUUCCACGAUUCCGUUUAUAUUGAACAAAAUCUCCAACCCAUACAAACACGAACGCGAAUUUGUGUCCAAAUGGGAGGGAAAAUCCGCUGGAGGGUGUGACAACUAUCGAGAAACCUAUCCUUUUAACCCUAAAUUUGAAUGCAACAUCGACAAGAAAACCGCAAUCCUCGUCGAACUCAAAGGUCCUCGAGAUUAUCAAAUCGGUUUUGGAGUGAAAUGCGAGAAAUUGAACUUUGAAGGCGAAUCGCCCCUUAUUUUCAAGAAGAAACACUCAGGAACCUACAAACAUGGUUAUGCCGUUUUGGAACUCGAGCUUCUACCAGGAAUUUAUAGCAUUAUCCCAACCACAUUCAAGCCAGGACAGGAAUCCCCGUUCUUCCUUCAAUUAAAGUCAUCUUCCCCAAUCAAGUGCCAUCAAGUGAAAUUAUCCAACUAAGCCAACAAACCCAAUGUGAAUUGUGAUACGAGAUGUGAUGAAAUUCAGAGCAAAAAAAAAUACUAGUCAUUUCUAUUAAGCCCAUACUGCUGAGUUUCUCUCAUGGCCUAAUCGUUUCAGA